GCAUGAGCAGAUAAGACCUAACAUGGACAAUUCACUUAACACUGCAGUCCACAACAGGAGCAAUCAGAUAAUGCUGUGGAAAUGACAAGCGUGCUUUUCACCUGCAAAGAUCUCAACUCCUUCUGACACCUACCUCUGUGACAGCUUUCUUCUAAGGAGAUUAUCCUCCUUUUUUUUGUCUUUGCAAGAUGUCUAUGAGAACUCUCCCCCUGGUUUUCAUUAAUCUGGGUGGAGAGAUGCUUUACAUACUGGACCAACGCCUGCGGGCUCACAACACCUCAGAGGACCAUUCAGACAAAGGAUUGUGGUCAGAAAAUGACAGGAAGAGAGUUAUGAACGACAUCGUCGGGACCAUGUUCAGUAAAGCUUUCAUGGAUGAACUUCUCAAACCUCAACAGCUGUAUUCUCACAGGACCAUGAAAACGGUGCUAACUCGGUUAGCGCAUGCCUCCAUCAUGAGACUGAACCCGGCCAGCAUGGACAGGCUUUAUGAGCUGAUGGUCAUGGCUUUCAAAUAUCAGGUCUUCCUUUGUCCACGCCCAAAAGACCUGCUGCUCAUCUCAUACAAUCACAUGGACGCCAUCAGAGAAUUUGUGAAAGACACGCCUGUGGUUGUGAACCAAGUAGACGAGACACACAGGAAAAUCAUUGAGGCAUACUCAUCUUUAUCAGAGGGUCAAUUCCAGCUCCUCAGACAGACGCUGCUCAUAUUUUUUCAAGACAUGCACGUUCGAGUGUCACUUUUCCUGAAAAAUCAGAUCCAAAAUCCCAACGGACGGUUUGCCCUGACAACAUCAGGACCAGUGCCUCAGGGGACGGAUGUUCCUGGACUUAUUAGGAUAUUUGACUGUCACGGCAGAGAAGUAAGACGAAGGGAGUUCCCCUCUGGAGGAAGUUACACCAGCGCCAUCAGAGAGGGAUCUUUUGAACUGCGCGGAAAUCGAGUCAUCAGACUGGGCAUGAACAUGUACACUGUGGACCAUCCAGAGGAGACACACACAUCCAGGGCCUCCUCUGUUAAGACAGACGACACUCCCAACCCACUGGCGAAGGAGGAACUGAACCUGCUGGCUCGUCUGAUGGGCAGCAUGAAGGCAGAGAACAAGCCCAGAGGUGAAUCCGGUUUUCGGAUCAACCUGUUUACCACAGACGAAGAGGAGGAGGAGGCAGGAGCUUCGGGUGGAGCUGAGGAGUCCUUGUAUGGAGUGAUAAAUAUUCAAGCAAUGCAGGAUGAGCAGGCUGCUUUGGAGCUGGCUCGAAUCGCCGGACAGUUUGCAGAACAAGAAGAGAAGCCCGAAAAGCUCAGCGGCGAUAAGGGAGAAGAGCUCCUGGCGAUGAUGGACGACCUCUGACCCUGUUUCUGUCUGGUCUUCAUCGAGUGAUUUCAGUCUCUGGUUAUGUGAUGACCUGAUGGUUCAGUUAGAUUUAUUCCUUGAAUUUUAUGCCUCAUCUUAUAAUCUUCACUGUGAGCUUCGGUUUAAUCUGAAAUAUGCAGUAUUCAGUGAAACAGAUAAAUAUGCAAGAACUCAACAUUGUAACACAUUUACGUUAGACAGAAGCUGUUUUCUAUGUUCAAUUUGCACUUGGACUGACUGGACAUUAAACUGCAAUGCCUGCUGUGCUUGAGGUUUUAUUUUCUAUUUAACAAUUUAAUGUUAAAUAAAAGUGUUUAUUUAUAUUUA